AGUGUAACGCGAUAGCCGUGCACCUCCGAAACUCUCUCACUCGCUCGCGCGCACACACACACGCACGCACGCACUCCCCAAGCAGCAGCUCGAGGACGACACGGCGUACGCACGCGGGCGACACACACACACACAGACACGCACGCGCGCACUCACACACACACACGAUGCUGGUGGAAACAGGACGAGCCGGAGUGUUUUAGCUCACUGGACCUCCACGAGGAGCCUCCAGAGAGGGUGUGCACGCAUGUGUGGAGACCACCUCGGGACCCCCGAACCGCGUUGAGGAGCUGAGGGGAUUCCAAGCCCCGCUACUUCAGACCGCCACUUCCCCGUUGACGGAUAUGCCACCGGCGCUGGUCACGCCGAGGACGCUGUAGUCGAGCCAUGUGGCGCCGCCUGAGCGCGCUGUAAACGGGGCUUCGUUCACCGACGCGCGCAACUUCUGACUCCACGGACCCUUCGCCACAACCGCCCCCCCGCCCCAUCUCCCCUUCUCCUCCCCGGAGAAAGACGCCGGUUUCGGUGAGCAGCUCCUUCAUCAGCCACCGCUGAGGCGACGGCGUGGAGACAUGGAUGCGUUACUGUCACUUCAGCAGGUCGCCCUGGUCUUAUGCCUCGUCCUCAGAGCGAGCGGACAGGAAGGUGAAAAAUGUGGUGGCCACCUGGACGCCAGUGAUGCGGGUUAUAUCACAUCACCUGGUUACCCUUUGGAGUACCCGCCGCACCAGAACUGUGAGUGGGUUAUUACGGCUCCAGAGCCCACCCAGCGCAUCGUGCUGAACUUCAACCCCCACUUCGAGCUGGAGAGGCUCAACUGCAGGUAUGACUUUAUAGAGAUAAGAGAUGGCAACUCAGACUCAGCCGACCUGCUGGGGAAGCACUGCAGCAACAUCGCUCCCCCUGCCAUCAUCUCUUCUGGCCCUGUCCUCCACAUCAAGUUUGUGUCUGAUUACGCUCACCAGGGUGCUGGCUUCUCGCUGCGCUAUGAGAUCCACAAGACCGGUUCGGAGCACUGUUUCCGGAACUUCACUGCUCCAACCGGCGUGAUCGAGUCGCCCGACUUCCCUGACAAGUACCCUCACAACCUGGAAUGCUCCUACAUCAUCAUCACCCCUCCUCAGACUGAGGUCACCCUCACCUUCAAAACCUUCGACCUGGAGAACGACCCCUUGCUGAUGGCCGAGGGCGACUGCAAAUACGAUUGGCUGGAAGUGUGGGACGGCCUGCCCCAGGUGGCACCACUGAUUGGACGAUACUGUGGCACAAAGAUCCCUCCGGAGAUCGUGUCCUCAACUGGGCUCCUCUCCUUGUCCUUCCACACCGACAUGGCCGUGGCCAAAGAUGGCUUUUCUGCUCGCUAUAACAUGACCCGCAAGGAAGUUAGCGACACAUUCCACUGCAGUACCACCUUUGGCAUGGAGUCGGGGAAGAUUUCUGAUGAGCAGAUCACGGCAUCCUCUUCCUUCUACGACGGCCGCUGGCAGCCUCGGCUGGCCCGCCUCAACAACGAGGACAAUGCCUGGACCCCCGCAGAAGACAGCAACAAAGAGUACAUUCAGGUGGAUCUGCACUUCCUCAAGGUUCUGACUGGUAUUGCCACUCAGGGAGCCAUAUCAAAAGAGACACAGAAGUCUUACUAUGUCACCACUUACAAGCUGGAGGUCAGCACCAAUGGAGAAGACUGGAUGAUUUACCGCCAUGGCAAGAACCACAAGAUAUUCCAUGCUAACACAGACCCAUCCGAAGUGGUGCUGAACCGAGUUCCUCAGCCUGUUCUGGCCCGGUUCGUCCGCAUUAGACCCCAGGCCUGGAAGAACGGCAUCGCCCUGCGUUUCGAGCUUUAUGGAUGUCAGAUCACAGACGCUCCAUGUUCAGAGCUCCAGGGAAUGCUCUCAGGGCUGCUGCCAGAUUCUCAGAUCACGGCUUCUUCAGUCAGGGACCUGCACUGGGUCCCUGGAGCUGCCCGGCUGGUGGCCAGCAGGUCAGGCUGGUUUCCUGCGCCAGCGCAGCCCUUAGCUGGAGAAGAGUGGCUCCAGGUAGACUUGGCCACCGUCAAGAUGGUGCGUGGGGUUAUCACCCAAGGGGCACGCAGCGGAGAGGUGGGAAGCAGCUCGGACAACCGGGCCUUCGUCCGCAAGUACCGCCUUGCCCACAGCCUCAAUGGAAAAGGCUGGACCUUUGUGAUGGACAGCAAGACUAGCAUGCCCAAGAUCUUUGAGGGGAACUCGCACUAUGACACUCCAGAGCUGAGGCGCUUUGAGGAGAUCCCAGCCCAGUUCAUCAGGAUCUACCCCGAGCGCUGGUCCCCUGCCGGCAUCGGCAUGAGGAUGGAGGUGCUGGGCUGCAGCCUGCCAGAAACGUCUACACUUGCCGCUGAGACGUCCACGUCCACUCGGUCUCCACUUGGGGAAAGCAGCACUGCCCACAAGCUCAGCUCUGGCUCCAGCACCUCUCCCCCCUCUCCAGCGGUGCUGUGUGAUUUUGAGCAGGGUUUGUGUGGUUGGACCGACGACCCGGAUGCUGACCUCAGCUGGGCUCUACACAGCUCCAGCAGAAGCACAGCCCUGGGCCAAAGUCAGGACCUCUCCAUAGGCUCCAACAGUUUGGGAAACUAUCUGUACAUCGAGGCAAGCCCUAAGACACAAGGGAAGAAGGCAAGGCUCUUCAGUCCUGAGCUGGGCCCUGACUCUGGGCCUCUAUGCCUCAAGUUCUCCUAUCAACUUGAGGACGAGGGAACCCUGCGCAUCCUGCUGCGCAACCCUCUCCAGGAAGAAACCCUUCUCUGGGCCCUCCAUGGCAAUCAGGAACCCAUCUGGAAGGAGGGACGCACCAUUAUACCUCGAUCCCCAAAAGAAUUUCAGGUGGUCAUUGAAGCCGUCUUUGAGAAGGCCACCACGGGCCACAUCUGGAUCGACAAUAUCCAUAUGAGCUCAAGCACACCACUGGAGGAGUGUACCCAACCUUUCCCUGCCUUCCCUCCAGAUAUGACUGGGGGAGCCCUUCCAGGCAGGAGUGAGCCAACAGUAGAUACGCUGUCAGUGCCACCUAUUUCUCCCAACUGGUAUUACUUCAUGGCUGGCGGAGGCGCCAUCUUGUUCCUGAUUAUUGCCAUUGUCAUGGCCAUUGGCUGCCGCCGCCUGACAGCCAAGAGGAGCCGACCCACCAUGGCCUACUACAGCCCCCACAAUGCUCACUAUCCAAAUGGUGCCAUGCCCAGGUCAGGGGCUGGCCAUAAGCUAACUGUUUGGGUGGAGAAGGGUGAUGGAAACUCCUACUGGUGAGGAGCAGGGACUUGGACUGAAAGUGACUGAAAGACAUAGAAGACUAUGUUGCAGGCUUCUUGACAAGCCCAGUCACCAAGGCUGGAGAGCAGGAAAGACUUUAAGAGUUGGCUUAGUGGAAGGAAAGCUCUGUUCAAACCUUUUUUAGGACCUUCUCACUACCAACUGGUCAUGCAUAUGGAACUACCCAAGUAAGAACAGAAUGGAACCAGCAUCUCGAUGUUCUGCUCUAAGCUGAUUUUCUUUUGUCUUUUUUCUGUGCUCCAUCACUUGAUGGAUGCAGCAAGACACUGUGGGUGUCCUGUCUGGUUGGAGUAUACGGCUUGUUUACUGACAGAGUGUCCAGCCGGGAAGUGGUGGCAGGUGCCAGCUCAUGCUCACUGGCUCUCUGGAAGAGUUCCCGCAUGGCUACUCUCACGGUGGGCAUGAGCCCAUCCUUGUAAUGAAUGCCAUGGCGAAAGCUCCUCAGCUGCAGAACCAUCAGGAGCUCAGUGAAGAUGAUGUGCAACCCAAUGACCUUAAUCACCAAUCCAGGACUGAAGUGACUUUGAUGCUUUGCUAAUCCUUGGGCAUACUUUGGAAAGAGGCUCACCUCCUUGACCAGUCACAAAUCAGGGCUAGAUUCCCAGAGCAGAUGAUGAGAAGGAUCAAGAGAUCAGGACUGUCUUCAUGCUGUCAUUGAUCUAAAUAGCACUGUAUAAUUUUUUUUCAACCAGUGUGAUUUAACUGAUGGGUGACAUCACAGUUGUCCAGCUAUGUUUGCGCUUUGAAGGGAUCCUGAUGUUAAUUGCAAUUUCCCCCUUUAUUAUUUAGCCAAAGUAGGGAACAGUCCACUGUAAAACUGCACUGAUAUGUGAAGAGGUAACAGAAGGUGACAGAACAUUUUGAGUAGUGAAUGGGGCUAGAUGGGCAGUGCAAUUGAAAAAUAUGGAAAUUCAUCACGCCCUGCGGUCAUGCAUUAACAGGUUUGAUGUAAGAAGGUAGCUCAAAAUUAGAUUUUCACACAAGUCCAGCAAAAGCUGAAUUUGAAUCGAUCAGAAAGACAGUACAUUAAAAAAAAUCAACCUCCCAGAAAAACAAACAAACAAAAAAAUCAUAUCUUUGUCACAAUAAAGUUUCCAUCAAACUAGGACAAAUAGAUGGAGGCUCAAAAUUGUGCCUAAAAAACAAAGAGAAGAGAAAAUCUCCUGCAUGCUUGCUCUCAUGAUAUCACCAGGUUGCUGCCUUUGUUCUUCCCAUUCUUCACAUUUGUUGCCACAGAAAUCCCCCCAAAAACUGCGUAGGCCUGCUCCACUGCGAGCCAGAAGUGCGUAGGAGUGCAUUAUUCCUACCAAACGGCUGUCGGCGUUCAGGCCCUGAAAACAAGCCAUAUAAACAAAGACAGCUGCUUCCCUUAACCACCUCGUCCUAAUGAGGACGGAGAGUGGUGGCACAGGAGCAAGGUCUGUGGGCUCCUGACAGCUGGUAGCCAUUUUCCCGUGCUGUAGGGUUUCCAGGUCUUCCAGAGCAGCAAAUAGUGUCCAGCGUUUCCAUAUGGUUGAUUAUUUCAAGUAAUUUAUCAAAUUACAUUUGCAUUAGUAUGACUUGAUUUUGAAAAUACAGCAAAACAUGCAAUAACCAUUGCUCUGUAAUCUGUUUCUUUUGCUGAUAUGUGCAUCAAUGUAUGACCACCACUUGUUUUUGGUCAUAAUGGUUACAGGAUAUAAAUACAGUACCCAUGUUUGGCCACACUUAGCUUAUUUUAUUUGGUGUUCUACAUUUUAGAUGAGUAGUAAAGAUAUAAAUAUACAUUUUAUAUUUAUAUUUAUAUUAUAUUGAUAAUAUAAUGUUGCUCCCAACAAGGAAUAAUCAGAACUGCUUGUAAGUUUGACCAGUCAACACUUACACAGUAGAUAUAGUAGUUGGUUUAAUCCAUAACAUAGACCAAAUUCACUGUUAUGGGAAAGUAAAUUCAUCAUGAAUGAUAAAGUUAACAUGUUAAAUUGCUUACUUUCAUGAAAGUGUCCAUCUCCCCCCACCUUUGUAGCCUGAAUGUGUAGAGUUUAAGAGUUCAGAGAUCUCUUCCCACUUCUGAGACCAAUGCACCAUUAGAUUCUGCACAGUCUUGAGCACUGCAGAAAACUACCUGUUGGGAGACAUCUACCACACCAAUGUGUUUAGGAACAAAGGACAAACAUUUAAGCAUAAACUUUGUUUAAGAUUGUGACGAAAAUCUCGUUUUUAAUUGGUACUGUAUGUCGACGGAGCUGAUCCAGUGUUACUUCAUAGGGUAAUGUAAAUUGUACAUUAGGCUGACAGAAAGUACACAGGUAGAGCUAAUCCACUAUCACUAUCCAAACCGAGCCUAAAACCUUUAAUCAUUACCUGUGUGGUGUUGCUAUAGAAACAGGUUGUCGUGAGGGGGAAAAUGGAGAAAUUUUCCAACAUAGAUGGGGGGAAAGGAAGAGCGAGCAAGAGAGAAAGAGAGACCUUUGGCUCUUUGUGGGCUUUUUAGUGCCAUUUCCAGUAGACAGAGAGGCUGUAAGAGAUGUUUUGGCACUGGCUUGCAAUGUGCUUUUAAAUCAGCCAACCAAUUUUUCUCUUUCCCCAGAACCCCUUCCUCUCACCACACAUUCUUUCCGAGCUCUUAAUAUUUUUAAUUAGUUAAUGGACCAGAUAGCAUUUAUUAAAGCUGCUGGAAGUGUUCUCCCCCACCCCCUCCAUCUCGCUCAUCCCUGGAGACCACAUUAAUGAGCGAAAGCUUUCUCCAGAGACAUGUGGCUACUUAUCGCCCAGAGAGGCUCGAUGCCAAACGGGCCAUCUUUUAUGCUCCCCAGAUGCCCUCAAUGGGGAAUAGUUUCAAAAUGCGUCACUUUUCCCCUUAGAUUUUCAAACUAGGGCUCAACUGAUGUCUAUUUAAAAAUAUCGAUUUUAAAGAGCUAAAAAUUCUAAUAAUUCAUAAUGUGGUCAGAAAUUUAAAAAGGGUUUACUGACGGACAAACCUGCCAAAUAUCGGAUGUGAUCACAUUAGCUGAUUAUAUUGACCGAUACAAGUUUAUGUGGUCGAACCACAAUCAGAGUCCAGUUGUUUUACUGAUAUGAUUGCCAAUCAAUAUGAUUAUAUUGGCCUGAUCAUAUACUGAACUAGCCAUGAAAUUGCCCAGCCUAUACCAAUAUAGGCCCUAAGGAAGGACUUUUCUUGUCCUCAGAAACCCUCACCAGGAAAUACUGCCCCCUUUUUUCACCCUCCCCCUUUGAAGAUUGUAUGCCAAGAGUUGAUCUAAAGGUUUUAUUAAAAAAUUAAGUUUCAACUGAAGUGAAAAUUAGCACCAGGUCUGAUGUUAAGCUGUAUAAUAUUGAAGUUAAUUUGGUGAAAAAUAAAUCAGAAUCCAAUUGUUUUAGAUGAACAGUGACCGACUAAUGUGAAGUGAUCUCUGUUGUUUACUUUGUGUAGAAUGAUGUUAUUUCCUUGGCCAGCCUAUAUAUUGAAUGAGCCCUAAGGAGGCUCAGUGCCAAACAGACUUUUCUUGUCCCAGAUAUCCUUGUCAGGAAAUCUUUUUUCACCCUCCCCUACUUUAACAGUUGAGGUUGAUAUUAUGGCAUAACUGAUGUGAAAGUUAGCACCAAUUUUAAGUUAAAUAUUCACUGAUACAAGUUCAAGUUGUCAAAUACCAAUAGUUUUAGCAAAAAGUGACUGAUUUGCUAAAAGUUACUGACUGAUUGCUAGCUGUCAAAGUUGAUUAUAUCAGCAAAACAAUUUGUUGAUUAAGUCCUAGAUCAAAUCUCUGCAAUUGCUUUUCAUGGUAAAAAAAGACUGAUGUUAUUCCUUUGGCCGAUUAUAUUGGCCAACCAAUAUUUCGGUCAAGCCCGAGAUCAGAUCCCUGCACUUUUUGUAACACAAAAUAACUGAAGUUUUUCCUUCAUCUGAUUAUAUGGGUCAAACAAUAUAUCAGCCACACCCUAAAUCAAAUCAUUGAGGUUUCUGUGGUGCCAAAUGACUCAUUCAUAUACCAGUCAAUAUAUCAAAACUCAUGAUAUACUGUAUCAGUUGAGCCCCGAUCAGAUCCCUGCAGUUGUUUCUGUGGUACAAAAUGACUGAUAUUGUUUCUUUGGCCAGUUACGUUGAUCCUACGGUAUACCGAUCAAGCUCUAGAUCAGAUGCCUGCAGUUGUUUCUGUGGUGCAAAAUGAGUCAUGUUGUUCUUUUGGACACAGGCGUCUCAGGGCUUGUAGAACAGGCGAGAGCGGGUGCUUCCUUGGAGGCAUCAGGUUUUUAUCUCGACCAUGUACACAGAUCGCUCACAAUAGAGGCAGUCAGCCUACACCUUAAUCUGCGGUACACGGGCUUUCGCAUUGAUUUCUCUGCCUUAUUUGAUUUGGACUCCGCAGGAUCCGGUUCAAACGCUUUCCGAACAAAGGCAGCGUUGUGCAUUAAAAUCCAAAAAAAUGACGGUUGACAUCUUGGGCCUUUUUAUCACACCUCACAGCUGAUGUAGGUGGUUCCAAUGGGGAUGUAUUCGGACCGCGCUCAUGUUAAAGAUGAUGUUGUUGUUGUUGUUGUUGUUGUUGAUGAUGAUGAUAAUAAUAAUCAGGAUGCACCUUCCUUGUAUGAAUGUACCUAAUAACUGUGGCCACGCUAUACCUCAAUCUUAAAAACUAAUGCGCUGUUUAAAAAGCAAAUGUGAACAGAAUAUUUUUGCUUGACGAACUGGAAAUGCUUUUAAAACAUCAUAAUAAAAUGUUAUUUUUCUAAA